GCCGGAAGAACAGUUCGGUCCAUUUAUCUUUUAACUUUAAUAUUUCAAUAUUCAAACUUCAAGAUAAUUGGUUCACACAAAUAAACAGGACUAUUUAGAAAUAACAGUCUGCUUGUAAUUUACGCAUAAAGUUGCAACAUAUUAUAUAUGCACGGAUUCCUGUUCAAUGCAGAAGAGAAAUAGAAAAUAAAUCAGGAGUAUUACAGUAUGAAAAUGCUGUUAACAACAUUAAUCUUAACAACAUUGACGCUAAGCGUACGUGGUUUUGACAAAUGUGGAGACCAAUGUACAUCUACUCAAGUAUGUGCAAAGAAUGGAACAUGUUUAAAUAAAUCGGACUUGGUAAAAUGCGUUUCAGGAUUAUUUUUGCCGUACUACUGCUACAAGGGGCAAGAGUGCUGCGGCUAUAAGAAAUGUAUGCCAGCGGGUGCUGUAUGCUGUGGCAACAAGAUCUAUUGUCGGAGUGGUCGUACUUGCUGCGGGUCAGUGUAUUGUUGCAAACCGGGAUUUUCCUGUUAUGGAAAUGGCAAGUGUAUUUUAGAUCAAAAUUACAGACAAGUUAAAGAAUAUUCUGAUCUACCAGUACCUACCAGAAAUUCAAUUUGGAAGCCGUCGGUUGAAACGAGACACGCCAAGAGUUCAUCCCGGACAUCAUCUACCAGUAAGUCACGAUGGUGGUAUGGUGCUAUAGCCGGCACUGUUGUCUUUACUGUGGCAAUCAUCAUCGCUACUUUCAUUUGGAAUCGCAGAAACAAUACAUCAAAUGCGCCAGGUAGGUCAGGUUGUGGUAGAAUGGUUCAAAGUGCUCCGGCCCAGACCUAUAGACAAUCACCUGGAAAUGGCAUGCCUAGAAUGGCACCAAAUACAGAUGUAACGGACAAUACAAAUGGACUACCACCAAACGAAAACGCGGCUUUCGUGGUAACAGAGUAAGAUGUUCCAGCAUAGACAAAUAGGAAACCGCCGAAGCAAGGCACGGCCUUUGUGACUACAAAGACUAAUAAAAUGAAAUAUCUCCAGCACACGACCUACCAGUCUUUUUAUUAUUCCCCAAUCUUUGGUCGGUAUAAAGUAAUUGCAGAAUCCGUCCGUUAGUUCGUUCGUUGGUUUCUGAUUUGUGUCCGGUCUGUAACUUUGUCAUCAAUCAUAAUAAGACGUUGUUUCAUGAGCGAGAACUAGACGACUUGUAACUUAAGUCAAACUUUGAAGUCAAAGGUCAACAUGGUGUUUUCUUGUCUGGUCUGUUAUCAAAAGAUUUUUAAAAAUAUUUCUUGGCACAUAUAUUUCCCACAUUCACACAAAGUGCCAUGCGCAAUACAGAACUCUAGCUCAGAGGUCAGAGUCAUACUUGGAGGUAUAAGGUCUGAAGCUUUUUUUCCUUUUCUCAUCAUUGAAGCGAUUUUAGUAUCACUAGGCACAAAUGUAUUCCAAAAUGAGAAUGUGCUCAAAGGUCAAGGUCACACUUGGAGGUCAUAGGUCAAAGUUUUUUUACAUUUACAUACCCAGAUAUUACAUAUCAGUUAAUACUUUCAUUCAAAUUAAGCAGUAGGGUGGGGUCAUACACAUUGUCAAAAGUAGUUUUUUAAUAUAAAAGAAAUCCAAUCCAUUAAUGCUCAAGUAAAACGGUAUUUUUAUAUGGAAUGAACAUUUGUUGAUAUGCUAAAAUGUAUUGUACAGUAAUGUAAAUCAUUAGACGCUCACGUUUUAUAUUGCCUCGCUUUGUUGUGUAUUUCGUAGGUAAUGUGAUUACUUAAAUUUGUAUGUUUGUCAUGUAUCAUGUACAGAGUAAUUAUACCAGGCAAUUGCUGUUACAAUAGUCGAAACUUUUACUGCACUGGAGACAACACAAGCCACAGACAAAUAAACAAUACACAGAAACGAAAUGUUAGUGCCAUAACAAAUGUUUUCGGAAUGUACAUUUUCUUUUGAGUUUGUUAUCCUUGUUUUGAAGCAGUUCUAGCAAAUGCUGCUAACACCUCCCGCCAUGAGCUAGUUCUGGCUUCAACAUUUUAAAUGGCAUAAGUUAUAUUUUUUGAUAGUUGUCUCCAUCAAGUUUUGGCAUGUUCCCGUGCAUUUUCCAAACCAGCAGUCAUUUCCACUGCAUCAGUAGAUUUCACAGAAUCCAGGACCAUGUAACCAACCAAUUAAGCUGUUAGUUUCAGUUUUUGAAUACUAAGACCUUUUUACGUAUUUUUGCAUUCAUAUACUAACAGUAAAUUAAAUUCUUUUUAACUAAUUGAAAUAAAAUGUAUGGUAGAUUUAAAUAUUAACAAACGGGUUCCUUUUCUUCGGUUACCGGCAGCGGAACGUGUUGAAAUUGUUGUUUUACUUGUAUUCCUACUUUAAAAAUAGUUAAAUGAUAAAUAUAAGCAGAGUAUGUAGUAUAAAUAUUAUGAAGUUAUUGUAUUUCAUAUACUACUCUCGCACGGUAUUUCUAACAAUAACAUGUUAAAUGUUACUAUUGAGAAAAGGGGAAUCGGGUAGUAAAACCAUUAUCCGUGACAAAACAGUUGUACUACUUUGAAUCGUAUUGACUAUAAAGAAAACCCUGAUUUACCAUGAAGUAAACACUGAAUUACCAAUAAAGAAAUAAUCGACUUUUCCGAUAAUGUUUUCGUUAUCGUUCUCUAUUUAUAUCUGGCUAGCUUUUAAUUAGGGUAAGUUCCAGCUCAGUAAUCCCACCCCAACAGUGUACAAAGAUCACGGAUCUAAUAUUUUAGCUAAGCGGGGGCUUUCUUAUAUAAAGCGGAUCUAUUUUGCAAGCUUUUGUGUAGUAUAUUAGACUAAAAGGGGUAUGAUCAACAAUUUCCUGGCGCACUCAUCUUUUAUUGAUGUUUAAUUAUCAGUCAUUAUAAAUAGAAAACGAUAACAAAAACGUUAUCGGAAAAGUCGACUAUGUCUUUAUUGGUUAACCAGGGUUUUCUUUAUAGUCAAUACAAUUCAAUAGUAGUAUAACUACUUUGUCACGGAUAAUGGUUUCACUACCCGAUUCCCCUUUUCUCAAUAAUGACAUCAACAUGUUAUCUAUACAAAUACCAUGCGCGAGUAGUACUACUAUUUUGUCAGAUGUCUCGUUUGCAAAUGUUAUGUUUCACGCAUCAAAUAAGGUCAUGUUUUGUUUAAUGUUUAUAACAUACUUUGUGUAAGCAGGUCAAUUCCACAACCGUGCAGUUCAUCUAAGACUGCUGACCUUCAACCAAGUAUAUUGUAUAUAAUUUUGCAAUUAAUUAAAUAAAAGAUGGGACAUACAUUUUUAACUGAGAAUAUAUUGAUUUACUGUGAUGUAUGAAUGUAUUAGAGUAACAAACUUUACUAUUUUUAUAUGUUUUACGCUUCACAUACUACCUGUAUUUAUUAUUGAUAUUUCUACAGUGUUACUCUCUGUAUUGUAAUACAAAUUAUACUUUUACACAAAUCA